AUGGGCUCUGUAGAGGUCCUUGAAUCGGCCAUACCAGAGCACCUGCGAGUGGAGAGAACGAUACCUGCGAACACACCAGCAAACUAUCAACCACCGUUCCCAGCAUAUUCAGCUAGGUUCCCAAAAGAUGCACAAGGAAUGGUCACCGCCAUGAUUGGCGUCCAGCACAAGAAUGCGGUCCAAGGCCAAAGCACAGAGUUCAAGCAGAUCAGUUCGUUUGUCGAGAAGCCAUCGAAUGGUGUGAAGCCACGGUAUUGGGAAGCUGCAUCUGUGAAAGACAACCGUGGCUACUAUAAUGAGGUUGCGAUCCCAUACUGGAGGUCGAAAGAGGACUUUGAUCAGUGGCGAAGUGAAAGUGGCUUCGAGUCCUGGUGGAAGGCCUUGCAGACUGAUGGCGAGGUCGGAUACUUCCUGGAGGUCUUCUUACCAAGCAUCGAUAGAUUCGAGACCGUGUUGUCCGACAACAACGAACCGGAAGGUGUAGCAAAUAUGAGAGUCGGCGUCAGUGGCAUGCUGCAAGAGCACGUGUACUGGGGCUCGAUGCGUGAUCGUCUUGCGGCUUCGCAGACAGAUCACCUGACAGGCGAGAAGGCCACGAUUCGGCCAGCAGGUGGCAGAGAGGAUACGACCAAACGACGCAUUCAUGUCGAAGGAAGGCAGAAUUCGGCCAUGAUCCGAAGCGGACAAGAUUGGUCGAACACGAAUCCGCAUGAAAGAAAGUUGUACCUCGAUACUAUGCACCCUGUGCUGAUCAAGGGUAUGGAUUUCCUUCGAGAUCGGGGCGAAGAAGUCGGAUGCAUAGAAUGUCGCUUCAUGGACGUAAUCCAGAAAGAUGAGGCCGUUGCAAGUCCCACCGACAAGACGUUCGGCUUGGCAUACUUCGACGAUCUGAGCUCGUUAGAGGACUGGAGCAAGCGGCAUAAGACGCACCUCGACAUUUUCGGGCGCUUCCUGCAGUACGCUGGCGAGUUGCAGGGGAAUGUUUCGCUUCGACUGUUCCACGAGGUCAUGGUCGUGAAGCUGGAGCAGCAGUACUUCGAGUACGUAGGCUGCCAUGAUAGCACUGGUAUGCUGGUAUCCAUAUAA